UUUAAAUUCUCUAUUUAUCCAAAGUGCCAUCCGUGCAUUCGGCGCGGAGUGACGCAAAUAACUGCCGAAACGCCAGCGGUGCGCCAUCCAGUCGCAUUCUGAGAGCGUCGCGACGCGCAUCUUAAUUUUAGUUUAUCGCGAGUUAUUAUUUAAUCGAUAGUGCGAAAGUAGAAAAAUGAGCGGGCCGUUUAAACGCCGUGCGUCUCUGAAAUCGCUGCCGGCGAUCGCGCUGCCCAAGACGGGCGGAGAUGCGGCGGCACGCCGCCGCCGUUCGUCGCUCGGCGUGUCGCAUGCAGGUGUUGGGCUGGGCGGCAUCGGCAAAGAACAGCAGCGCGAGGUGCCUUGGGAUAUGGUCGACCGGUGCCUGCUGCCGGUUAUUUUCUGUCAUGCAGCCGCGAUUAUUCUCAGCACUGUGCUCAACACCCUGCACAUUUCGCAGGUGACCACGAUGACCUUAUUCAUCUGGUUUACUUUGGCUACCAUUGGAGGGGUGUUAUGCUAUCAUAAUCUUAAGGUUACAGCAGCAGGAAAAGCAAUUUUACUCACGGGUUGUGAUUCUCGCAUUGGUUACGCCCUCGCGCGGUAUCUAGACGAACAAGGCUUCACAGUGUUCGCAGGAUUCCAGAACGCCAACAGUCCUUUCGCCGAUGAUUUAAAGGAGGACUCUUCCGCGCGCCUCCACGUCCUGCAACUGGACGUAUCACAAGAAACUCAAAUCCUGUCAGCGUCGCUACACGCCGUGGAAAAUCUACCAGAUGGCGCUCCGGGUCUAUGGGCGGUCGUACACUGUGCACAGUGGGUUGCUCUCGGUGAAAUCGAAUGGAUACCACAACAAGUUAUUCGUAAAGCAACCGAAGUUAACCUAAUGGGAGCCACACGUGUUAAUCAACUCAUGUUGCCAUUAUUACGCCGUGCACGUGGUCGUAUCGUCUUCAUGUCUUCCGGUUUAUCAAAAAUCAUCCCUGUUCGAGGAAUUCAUUGUUCUUUACUAGCGGCCAUCGAAGCACAGGCGGAAUGUUUGAGGUUAGAACUACGUUCGAAAGGAGUGGAUGUCGUUGUGGUUGCUCCCGGCGAAUUCACUUCCGGAAGUAGUUGGUUGAGUGAUGAAGACCUCUGGGAGCAAGCGAGGGAUAUGUGGGGACAGAUGUCGCAGGAACAGAAACAAAUUUACGGCGAGGAUUAUUUCGAGCGUGCCGUGCGCAGUUUGGAAAAGUACACUAAAUCACCUGAUGCUGAUUUGACUCAAGUGUUACGUUCACUUGUCGAUGCAACAACGAGGACCUUCCCGCUGCCAAGAUACACGCCUGUCACGCGCCAGGAAAAAAUCGAAGCUUUUAUCGCUUAUCAUCUGCCACGAAGUGUCUACGACAUUAUCUACGCGGAGAAGUAAGCUUACUCACUGCCCGAGUCACGAAUAUACGUAAUUGUAUUAGAUAUUUGUUAAAUAAACAAGUUUUAAGCCGAA